AUGAAGGAACCUGUCCGGGGUCUGGCUGUGAUUCUUUCUUUGCUGUGCCAAGUGUGGACCUGGGACUCAGUGGUGGACUUAUCUUUCAAUGUGGGUAGCGAAGUGGAGCUCAACUGCAAUCACACCGAAGAUUUAGUCUACGUCAUCUGGAAAAUUAAGCUAGAAGGAGGCAAACAGUGUCAGGUGGGCAUCAACUUAAGCAAUGGCAAGAAGGACGACACAUGCGGCGACAGUACAUCCCUGGAAAAGGCCUCGGAGGCUCACUACUACCUGCGAAUCCCUGAAUUCACUGAGCGUGACGUGGGCCUGUACAAGUCCGAAAUGGUUUUCAAUGGAGGAAUGCACACUUGUAGCAUCACCUUGUCCAUCACAGUUCCUCCUCGUAUCUCGUCCUGGCUGGAGUGGAGCGACGACGGCACUUUAGCCAUUUGCAAAGCCGAGGGAGGAAAGCCGGCCGCCAACAUCACGUGGCGCCAUGUCGGCAACUCGUCGUCCGCUGAAACCAGGCGUGCUUCCGGUUACGUGGAAAGUCGCCAAAAACUCCACGAGAACAAUGGCGACGUCAUGUGCGUUGUCAAGCAUCCUUUCUGGUCAGAAGAGAAGAUCUUGAUACCCGUACAUAAAAAAGGUGUGUCAAACGUUGUGUGGAUACUUCUAGUCAUCUCUGUUUUAGUUAUGCUUGCUGCAUUCCUAUUGGUCAUAUAUAAGAAGCAAACAAUCCUCAGACGCUGUCUACUGUCUAACCGCUCGCCAUCCAAAUCUGAGCAAACGGAGGCUGUAGAGGAAGUGGAGCCUUAUGAAUGCUACGUUCAACGUGUCAACUCCAUCUAUAACUUAUGA